AUGAUAAUCCGGAUGGGCGGCGGGCCCAGAACCUUCCCCGGCGGCGUAUCCAAGUGGCAGUGGAAGCGCAUGCAGGCGAAAAAAGCCAAGCAGCUCCUCAAGGCGCGCCUCUGCCGCGAGCGCCAAAUAUACGAGAUGCGAAAGAGGGCCGAGCUCAAAGCCGCCGUGUACGAGCUCGAGCGGCCGUGGGAGGUUGUUGAGAAAGCUCCGAACUUGUUCUCUGUCAGCGCCGACGAGCAAGUCAAGGUCUUGGCGGAUAGGUUUCAGAAGCCUGGUGGGUUCGAUUUGUGGACGGAGAGGGACGGCCCGCAGCUGUUUCAUACCAUGGAGGACUUACCCUCCGCGAGGUUUUUCCCCAAAGGGGUUGUUCAUAGUGUGAGGUCGUAUAAAAGGAUUUCUGGGCCGGAGGAAUUGGAGAGUUUGGAGCUUGAAGAUGAAGGAUUUGGAGGAGCUGAGGAAUUAGGAGAUGGGUUUAAGGGUAAGGGGAAAUUGGGAAGUGGGUCGUUCGAUUUAGAGGAAUCAGAUGGGGAGGGUUUGAAUCUGAAACAUGCUCUGGAAUCGUUGAUUGUGAAUGGCCAAAGUGGGAAGAAGUACGAUGGCAGAGUGGUGAAGAAGGGGAGGAAUAGGAGAAAUUCUAAGUAG